GCACAACUUCUGCCGCUCCUGUGUCACACAGAGUGGGGACAAGGAGGGGAGAAACGCCUGCCCGGAAUGUAGAGAGAAGUUUGUGGACCGCACCCUCAAGGUGAAUUGGGCCUUGGCGAGACUGUCUGAGAAGGCUCGAACAUUGAGCCUGAAUCGGACAGAGAAGGAAAGUAAAUGUCAGUGCGAGAAACAUCAGGAAGAACUGAAGCUGUUUUGUGAAACAGACAAGAAAGCGAGUUGUGUGAUUUGUCGCGAUGCGCGGGAACACAAGUCUCACAGCUUCACACCGAUAGAAGAAGCUGUUGAAAUCUACAAGGAUCAGGUGAAAUCUACCUUCGAAUCUCUCACAAAAAAUAAAUCAGAGAUCGAGCAAAUGGAGCAGCAACAGAAAGAGAAGAUUUAUGUUGUUCUGGAAGAGUCACACAACCUUCAGUCACAUAUCACAUCCCAGUUUGCUGAACUGCACCAGAUUUUCACUGAGAAAGAGCGGCGUGUACUCGCAGAUAUCCGGGAAGAAGAGAUGAAAAUUCGGAACGCAAUGGAGAAAAGGCUUCAAGAGAUUCAAGCAAAUUUAAAUUCCAUCCAAAAGGAACUCUCAACGUUGCAGGAACAGAUAGAUCAAAAAGACAACGGGAUAUUUCUGAAGGAGGUAGUUGGUCAGAGAAGGAGGAUUAGUGAUGAUAUUCGUUCAUUGUCAGUGACAGAUGGUGCCUUGCCGAUUGAAAAGAUUAAUCACCACUUUGUGUCGAACACGUUGUGGAGAGAAACUUGCGCCAUUCAGCGAGGUAAAACAUGUUCAGUUUCCAUUCUUCUCAUUGAUUACACCUUUAAGUACCACAAAUGCAAAGAGUACGCAGUAAUUGUAGUCACCUCCGCCUCUGGCAUCUCGUUCUAUCUCUCUACCAUCCACUGUCUGAAAACAUUGACCUUCAAUGCCUUUUCCAACUUUACCAUCUCACCUUAAACUAAUGCCCUCAAUCUUUAGAUUUUAGAUGAUUCAGUCUUCCAUUCUUCAGCCCAUUAGACCUGCUAAUUAAGAUCACAUUUCAUCUCAGGUCACC